GAGGCUGGCGUUGUUGGAGACACGUUCGCCCCUCACAUAUAAAAGCGCAUCUGGGCUGUCAGCGGCAGACAAAUGGUUAAGAAGCCGCGGCACUUCCGGAUCUGCUCAUUGCUGAGAAGUAGGAAAGAGAAAGAGAGGGAGAGGGAGAGAGAGGGAGCGAACGAACGAACGAACGAGCGAGAGAGAGAGCGAGAAAGAGAGAGAGAGAGAGAGGGAGAGGAGGAAAGGUGAAGGAGCUUCUCAGUGAAGAGCCUGAGCCUGAGCUGGACCUCCUGGGCUGACCCACUCCGCUCCGAAUUCGUGUUUGCGUCCGAUCUGUCUGCCAAGGGGACCGCGACUGUCUCUUCGCUGACCAGUGUCGUCUCGCAGUCUCCGGAUCAUUUCAGCUCUGACAGAUUCAAACGGCUUGAUGGACAGCACGAGCAGCCAAAAGGCGCACCGAGCAUCUGUGUCCGUAUCGCGGAGAGGAGACGGCGCUGAGGGAGCCGCGGUUGCAGGCUGUGGAAGCUGAGGGCGCCGCGCCGGACACUCGCCUCCACCUUCUUCUCCUCCUUCUGCUGAUCCUCCUUCUCCUCGAUCGGCUCCGUGUUUGCAUUGCCUUUGCACCCUGCGCUUCUGGACACGAAACAUCGCCGUUGGAUCUGUUUUCUUUUUUUCUUUUUUUCCCUUCAACCUAUUGAAAGGCUCACUGAAACCUAACCGGCCCCUCGAUGGCUCAGAGGUAUGAUGAGCUCGUCCACUAUCCUGGAAUGGAUGGGGUGCCCGUGCCAGGCUUCGCAGAUCCUCACGGGAACAGGGCUGUGGCGCAUCACCCUCUGACUCAAGGCUCACCGUAUGGUCAUGGUGGCGGUCCCCAUAGAACCGGGCUGCCGACAGGUCUGGGAGCCAGCGAUCUUCUCAAGAGAGAAAAGGACGAGAUCUACGGCCACCCGCUCUUUCCAUUGCUGGCCCUCAUCUUUGAGAAGUGCGAACUGGCCACAUGCUCGCCCCGAGACGGCUCUGGGUCCUUUCCUGGCGGGGACGUCUGCUCUUCCGACUCCUUCAACGAAGAUAUUGCGGUGUUUGCCAAGCAGAUCCGCUCAGAGAAACCAUUAUUUUCAUCAAACCCUGAGAUAGAUAAUCUGAUGAUUCAAGCCAUACAAGUUCUGCGAUUCCAUCUUCUAGAGUUAGAAAAGGUUCAUGAUUUGUGUGAUAACUUCUGCCAUCGCUACAUCAGCUGCCUCAAAGGGAAGAUGCCCAUUGACUUAGUGAUUGAAGACCGGGAUAGUGGUUCCAAAUCAGAUGUGGAAGACUUCACGGGUUCCUGCACCAGCCUAUCUGACCAGAAUCACUCAUGGAUCCGAGAUCACGAAGAUGCCACAUCCACGCACUCGGGCACUCCUGGCCCAUCAAGCAGUGGCCUGGCAUCACAAAGCGGAGACAACUGCAGCGAGCAAGGUGAUGGGCUGGAUAACAGCGUGGCUUCCCCCAGCACAGGUGACGAUGAUGACCUUGACCGGGACAAGAAACGCAACAAGAAACGAGGCAUCUUCCCCAAGGUGGCCACCAACAUCAUGCGAGCCUGGCUCUUCCAGCAUCUCUCGCACCCUUACCCAUCUGAGGAGCAGAAGAAGCAACUUGCCCAGGACACUGGCCUGACUAUCUUGCAGGUCAACAACUGGUUUAUCAAUGCCCGGCGGCGUAUUGUUCAGCCAAUGAUUGACCAGUCUAAUCGCUCAGGUCAGGGAACUCCAUACAGUCCAGAUGGCCAACCAAUGGGGGGCUACGUGAUGGAUGGCCAGCAGCACAUGGGCAUCCGACCGCCAGGUCUUCAGGGGAUGGCAAGCCUGGCUUCAGAGUACCCUGGUGGUGCAAUGGGUCUAGGCCUGGCCCAGCCUGGGUAUCCACCUCAUGGGGCACCUUCCCUGCGUCACCCCCCUUCCCUGCACACCUACCACCCUCCACAUGCAGCGAUGAUGCUGCACGGAGCUCCUGGCGCUCACGGUGCACACCAUGUUCUCACCACGCCAAAUCCUGGCGAACCGUUACUGGGGGGCCAAGGCAUGGACAUACAUGCCCAUUAGCGGCACCUUGGGCACCCGCCUGCAUAUUUGGUGCUUUUACGACAAGGAAGAGCAAUGCUCAAACUGGCAUCAACGCUGCACUGGUGAAUGGAAUGGCACAACUACCCCAGCAGGGAAUCUCAGAAUGGUCACUCCAUUUUGAAAGACAGGGAUCUGCACUGAAAAGGAUCUGGCAUCUCCCUCCCAGCAGGCCGGGGGGGGG